CAGUAUUUCGGCAUUGGUCAUCUGAGCACCGAGUGUAAAGCAACAAAGAAUAUAAAGGUUUAGUUUAUAUUUUGCAUUUAACAAUAAAACAAAUACCUUUUAUUACUGGUGAUGUCACAGCUGCGCUCGAAAGUUAUCAGUCUCUAUAAGCACUUACAGUACCUGGGCCGUGACUAUCCCGGCCUAAAUGGGCCGCAAAAGUUUCGUAAGCAAGUCCACGAUGCUUUCAUGAAGAAUAAGGAUGAGAAGGAUCCCAAAAAGAUCGUCGCUCUGUUGGCACAGGGACGAUACCUCGCCAAAGAGGUGGAAGCGUUAUAUUCGCUAAAGAAGUAUCGAACAAUUAAGCAGCGUUAUAAUGAUUAAUGCGGAAAUGCAAAUUGAAGGACUGAAAAAGAGAAUAUGAUAUAUGAAUAUGCUUUAUUUUUGUUUUUAUAUUGCUUUUUCAAAAACAAAGCCAAAUGUAUAACCACAAGCAGAACCACACACACACACACACCUAUUGAAAGCAGCAUACAAAUGCGAAACAUUGUUAUUUUCGAAUGUCUUGUCAAUGUUUAACUUUAAGUUAUUGUUGAAUAAAAGCAACAGUCAUUGAAUAAGCGAAAGACACACA